UGUUGCUCGUUUGUGGUAAGAUGGUGUUGUGUUAAAAAGAGGAAAAUAUUCAAACAACGCAUAAGAUGUGUUAUCGUCUUUUUGUUUUUUUUUUUGCUCGUAGUAAAAUACAUUUAAAGCAAAUUUGCAAUUUCGGCAUGUAGUUUAAAACAAAGUUUAAAGUUGUGGGUUAUAAACUGCUAAAUUGUGAUGCUCGAUGUUUGCGGCAAGAAAAUCAAAAACAAUCGUAUUGUGCAGAUUGACGCGCAGCUGCACCCAACAAAUUUCGAAAAUAUAUUUGAUAUAAACUAUUUUAAAAUACAAAUAUAAAAAUAAAUGUUUUCAGUGAAAUAUUAUUUGAAAGCACGUACAUAAAUAAAGAUCUCGUUACCGGUCCUUAUUUCAAUAAUAAGGCGGUGUUUUUGAAGAGAAAUGAAAAUAUCGGUAAAAUCUGAUUUGGCGCAAAUAUACCAAGAGCUAAUCGAUUUAUUUUCACUUGAAUAUAUAUAUAUAUAUAUGUAUAUAUAAUCGUUUUAAUUUUCAUGUGAAUGAAGUAAGUAGACUACAAUUAUGGAUUCGUUAUCAUCUAGAACAGAAUCACCGAAACAGGAAGGAACUUAUUUGAUUAAUGUUGAAGUAGACAGUGAGUGCGGUUAUAAAGAUGAGGUGUGUAAAACAUUGCCAUCGAAAAAUGUACAUAAAGUAGAAAUAGGUAUGAAUACAGUUGAAGACUUAACUGGUACCAGUAUAACAAGUGGUGCAGGCCAAUGUGAAACAGUAUUGAUAAGAGACUUUGCGACGACCAUAGAAGGUAAUAAUAAACCAUAUGGCGAAGCCAAUAACGUUUCAAUUGAAUGUGAAAUUCAGAAACCAAUAUCAACACCGACUCAAGCAACAAUUCCAACACAAUCUUUAGUAAUACCACAAAGCAAUCCCAUAAUGUCGCACACAACUUCUGCAGAAUUCAUAGGUGUUUCUUUGAAUAGCCAAAGUGAUAAAGAUAAACAUCGAAAAAAGAAGAAAAAAGAAAAGGAUCGAGACAGAAACAGGGAUAAAGACAGGAGUCAUCAUCGGAGCAAAGAUAAAAAUAGAGAUCGUGAAAAGGAGCGAAGCAAAAACCGCGAUAUUACAAAGGAAUAUAUUAAAGAUAAAGAAUCAAGUUAUAGAAGCAGAAGUAAAGAAAAAUCAAAAAGACAUCGUAAGUCAAAAUGUCACGAUAGUGUCAGAGAUCAUAGUGAAAAUUUGAAACAUAGUUCAUCGGAUUCUCGUUCUGACAGUUCUGUUCAUUAUAAAAUAAAAGAAAAGAUAAUUGCUACCGUAUUAGCAUCAUCAGAAUAUAAAAGACGAAAUGCUGAAAGCAGUCUUAGCAAUACAGACAAUCAGGGUACGAAUUAUAGUAGUAAAACUACUAAUGAUGAUAAUGUGCGUCAACAAUUAUUAACCAAAGUUAAAGAAGAAGACACUAUUAAAUUGUUGAUAAAACAAGAAAAUUGUCCAAAAACUGAUCCCUAUACUGUCAAUAAAAAUACGGUGGAGCAUUCCUGUGCAGAAAUAAGUAACAAUAAAAAAGAAAUAGAUCCAAAUGUGGAAUUUCUAUUACCAAAAACACCUAAAAUUAAAUGUGAGGAAAUUGUUUUAAACGGUAGUAGUUCUAAACAAAGCAAUAAUAAAAUUAAUACUGCAAAUAUCACUGAUAACUACUCUAAAGCAGUUUCUUACACAGAAGAAAUAAAAUUAGAAGUGAACGUUAAAACACGUAAUGAUGUUACACGACAAUUAAACUUUAGUAAUAGUAUAAGUACUAAAGAGAAGCGAUCAUCUCCUUCUAAAACUAUCACAUCUACAAGUUCUGUUAUAAAAGAGAAUAAUAUAUCAACUACAGUCUCUACGGGAUCAAAAACAUUAAGUUCUUCGAACAACUACCAUCAUUCCUCAUCUUCGAGUUCAACUUCGACAAGCCGAAAAUCUUCUUCAGUAAGCAGCAGCCAUCACAGAUCAUCUAAUUUAUCAUCGUCAAAGCACUCGUCUCAUAAACGAGAAUGUUCAAGAUGUCAUAAACGUUCGAAAAUUCGUCGUAACAAUGUUGGUACUCAAUCCGUGCAACAAAUGCCUAUAGCGCAGAAUUUCCAAAAAGGUCGAGAUGCUAAUCGUUCAACAAACGGACUUGAACAUCUUAAAUAUGGGCGCUUUUUUCAAAUUGAAGUUCAUCCCAAUGGUGGGGCUUCUGUUGUCCAUAUGUACCAAGAUGAAAUUCAGGAUCUAACACCUGAGGAAACAGAUGAAUUAGUUAAUGAAUUUUUUAGUGUUUGUUUUGCGGAAGAUGAGAAUGGUUAUGCACAUCAUGUUAUGGGUAUAGUGCACGAUUCGGCCAGAUAUUUGCCAGAUUUAUUAGGACAUCUUGCCGAAAAUUAUUCAACAUUAACGGUGAAAGCUGGUGUACUGGGUAGAAAUUCUGAUAUUGAAACGUGUACAAUGGCUCAAUACAAUGACCAGGUUGUCAGAAAUUAUUCCCAAGGUACAUUUCGAUAUGGACCUUUACAUCAGAUAAGUUUAGUUGGUAAAGUGCAUGAAGAAGUUGGAGGCUACUUUCCUGAUUUAUUGGGUCGAAUUGAAUCAAAUCCAUUUCUUAGAAAGACCAUGCCUUGGGGUCCAUUUUCAAUUUUGCAAUCUGAUCCACGUCUUUCUAAUGACGGACCUAUACUAUGGAUUCGUGCUGGAGAACAAUUGGUACCCACUGCAGAAUUGAACAGUAAGACGCCACUUAAACGGCAACGCACUAGGAUUAAUGAACUGCGAAAUCUUCAAUAUUUACCAAGACUCUCUGAAGCAAGGGAAACUAUGAUUGAAGAUCGUACUAAAGCUCAUGCUGAUCAUGUUGGUCAUGGACAUGAACGAAUCACUACUGCUGCUGUUGGUAUAUUGAAAGCUAUACAUUGUAAUCAAUCUUAUACGCAAAAUCGUAUAACAAAGGAUGUAGUUGCCUUUGCUGCUCAGGAUUUUAAUUAUUUAGUUGGAACCUUGCAAUUAGAUUUACAUGAACCGCCCAUAUCACAAUGUGUUCAGUGGAUUGAAGAUGCUAAAUUGAAUCAGUUGAGGCGUGAAGGUAUACGUUAUGCUCGUAUACAGUUGUCAGACAAUGAUAUUUAUUUUUUGCCACGUAAUAUCAUACAUCAGUUUAGAACAGUAACGGCUGUGACUAGUGUUGCAUGGCACUUACGUCUUCGACAGUAUUACCCCGGUCAGGAAGUUAUCAAUGAAAAGAAUAACCCUGUGCUUGCUGAGCCCCCGCAUUACAAAGAAAAGCAAACAAUACUACCAAAUCCAAUAACAAAUGAAGAUGGAACCAAAAAAACACCAUGUAAGCGUUCACAUGAUGGCAAGACAAAGAAAAUUGAUCUUAAGAAGAUUGCGGAUCCAGAGAUCUGUUAUAGUAGCAACAGUAGCAGAGAUAGACAAUCCAGUGAGAGUGGAACUGAAGAUGCAAACUCAAAAGAUGGGAACGAGUCCCCAUCAUUGAAUGUAUCUAAAAAGAAACACCAUAAGCAUCAAGAUAAUAGUACUAAAAUUGAUAUGCGUAAAUUAGUAUUAGAGCAUACAGCAAAUAAGGAUUUGCAGCCACUUCGUGAAAUGAGUUCAUCUAUGUCAACGACAACAUCAACAUUUACCAAUAUGGCAUAUAAAAAAAUAACAAAUCAUCCGAGUGAAAUUCUUGAAAAUAGUGAAAAAACCGAAGCUAACAAUAUAGGAUCGCAGCAUUUAAUUCAAAAUCGUCAGCAUAAUGCAAUAAAAUCAGAGCGCCGCAAAUCCAACACUAGCAGUAGUCAAAGUAAAGUAUCUAAUUUAAACAGUAACAAGAAUUUGUCCGCACCUGUUGAAUCCAGUACAAUUUCGUACAAAAAACACGCACACAUUCAUUCACAUUCACAUUCUAUAACCCAGCAGCAGUUCACUUCUAUACAAACGCCAACAAAAAUUCCGCGAUUACCAGAUCCAAUUGUCCCUGCGUUACCAUUGCCAUUAGUACCGCAGACACCAUUUGCGCAUAGAGAGGCUUAUGUUAAUAGUCUUAAUCAAAAAGAACCCGAGAUAAAAAUUCAAGUACAAAUAGUAUCUGAUGAACCGACACCACCAUUAACCACAGUUCCACCACCAUCAUUAACUACAGUACAACCAUCGUUUGCAACAACUGUAACAGGUGCACGUUUAGACGUAUUAUCGGACAGCCAAAAUAUAAGACAAUGUGAAAGAACGGAAACAAAUAAUAUAGAAUUGAGUGAUUUCCCUAUUAUUGAGGAGACUUUCACAUUAAUUGAUAACGCAGAGUCCGUUAUAUGUCAAUCACAAAUUGAUGUAGAUCACGAAGAGGAAAUAACAGUUGCCGAAACAAUAGAAAUCGAAGCUGCACCAAUGACAGCAGCUACUAUUUUGUUACCAGCCAUACAAACUCCACAUCCACAUCCACAUACACUAACGCAACAAAUUUCUGAUACAACACUCGUUGCAGAUUCCCAUAAAAACUCUACAACAACUUCUACUUUACCAACUUACAACCAAAAACAAAUCAAGAAAUCAACUGUACAACAACAAAGUCGAUUACAACAAACAAACAACAACAAGUCCACAUCAAUAGAUCUACUUAGCUCAAUAAUGGCAAGCAUGGACAGCAAUAAUUUGCCAAUUGCAUCUACAAGUUCCGCUAGUAGUAACCUACCACCAACACUGAGUUACUCAUCAUCAAUGCAUUAGAAUUACUUAUUAAGUAAAUAGUGUAAGCAUCUUAAGCCAUUUGGCGUCAUAUGUAAAUUUGUACAAACAUUUUUAUGCACUUUUAAUAUGAAUUCAGCUUCUAUAACAUAAAACCAAAAAAGGAAAAGAUACAUUAACAAACAUAGAGAAGUAGUAAAACAGGGGUUCAGUACGAAAAUAUUAAAGCUUCUAAAGCGAAUUUUCGAUAAAGGGUCGGGUCAAGUGUGUUCGUAUUAAAAAAACGUAUACCAGUGCCUAAAUAUUUUACAAAAACCAACUUCCAUUUUAAACAUAAAUUAAAUUUAAUAACAAUUAGAAAAUAUUCAAUUUAAGUAAUUUGUACAUUAAAGAGCAGUAUAAAUGCUUUAAUUUUAUACGUACAUUGCGCUGAGCAAUGCAGAUUUCACUGUCACUGUCACUGUCACUGUCACUGUUAAUGUCACUAUCAAUGUCAAUGCCAAUGUCAAUGUCAAUGUUGAUCAUGAGACAAUUAUUUCAAUCUUUUCAAAAAACUAAAGAAAAGGCGACAGACAAGCAGUCAAGUUGAUACAAUUAUUAAUAAUGGUUAUUUUCUGACAUACCUCAUUUACCAUUUUGUUAAACUUUGCCAUAUUGUCCCCUAUUGAAUGUUAGGAGCAAAUGAUAUUAGUUUAAAGUUCAUAUGCGCAUAUGGAUUUUCAAGAGAUUCCUACUUCUUCACUUCUUCAUUUGUAUAAAUAACAGACAAAAUGCCAUGAAUGACAGUAAAUAAUUUGCUAAAAUAUGCAGUGCAGUUAAUUUUAAAGUUUUUUUUUAUUAGAGCUUCAAAUAUUAUUCGACUUAUUCGAUGUUAACAGCAUUUCGAUACUUGAAUAUAUGCUCGGGCAUUUCGUUGAUAGAGUAUACGAGCUCUAAUCCAAUAUUUGCUGUUAUACGUUUUUGUAUAAAACAAAACAAAACAAAAUUAAUAUGAAACGUGGAGCAGAAUUCCUUCCUGUUUGAGCAGCUAAAAAAUGUUCUCAUUCAAAUAUAGUCGAUCUGCGCGUACAUCGUAAUGCUCAAACGCUUUGAAGCACUACUCCCAAUGUAAGUUUCUUAUCAUAAACAUUACAAAUCAGUAGUAUAAUGAACGCCCUCACUUAAUUUGUUAACCUAUUGGACUAAGUUUUAAAAUAUAUUUCAAACUCA